AGGAGCCUGUCCGCUUGGCUGCAACCCAAGAUGGCGGCGGGGAUGUACCUGGAACACUAUUUAGACAGCAUUGAGAAUUUGCCAUUUGAACUGCAGAGAAACUUCCAGCUUAUGCGAGACCUUGACCAGCGAACAGAAGAUCUUAAAUCAGAGAUUGAUAAAUUGGCCACUGAGUACAUCAGCAAUGCACGGACGCUGUCUUCAGAGGAGAAACUGGGGCUUCUCAAGCAAAUCCAAGAAGCCUAUGGGAAGUGCAAGGAGUUUGGGGAUGACAAAGUGCAACUGGCUAUGCAGACGUACGAGAUGGUAGAUAAGCAUAUUCGGCGGCUGGACACAGAUCUUGCCCGCUUUGAAGCUGACCUGAAAGAAAAACAGAUUGAGUCAAGCGAUUAUGACAGCUCAUCUAGCAAAGGCAAAAAGAAAGGCCGAGCUCAAAAAGAGAAGAAAGCGGCUCGUGCUCGUUCCAAGGGGAAAAACUCUGAUGAGGAAUCACCAAAGACAGCCCAAAAGAAGCUAAAAUUAGUCCGCACGAGCACAGAAUACGGGAUGCCAUCGGUUACCUUUGGAAAUGUGCACCCCUCUGAUGUGCUGGACAUGCCUGUGGAUCCCAAUGAACCCACCUACUGCCUCUGCCACCAGGUCUCCUAUGGGGAGAUGAUUGGUUGUGACAACCCUGAUUGCUCCAUUGAGUGGUUCCAUUUUGCUUGUGUGGGUUUGACGACAAAACCAAGAGGAAAAUGGUUCUGCCCUCGCUGCUCCCAGGAGAGGAAGAAGAAAUAAAACAUGCGGCUUCUGAGGUCCAGAUGCUGUUGCCAGAACACCGAACCCUGUUCCUGGGCUUCAGUACUCCUCUCCCAGUUCCUGGGACCUCAUAGUUAGGGGGUCUCACUCUGGGUGUGCAGAGCUACCUGUGAAUGGUUUGUAUCCAUAUGAUGGUUCCCGUGUGUACUGAAACACUCACUGCUUGCCGUUGAGAGGGAAAGGGAGCAAGCCCUCUUCUUCCCUACAGACCUUGACUCUCCAUAGGUUUCAAAGCCUGUAUCAGCUUAAAGAAACCCAGACUUAUUGGUGAGAGAAGGAAUGAUAUCUGAAUAACUUAUAGAAGAAACAAAAUCUGCCCUCCAGAUUUCCUAGUUUGUAUCGCAGAAGAGGGGCAAUCGGGCCAGCCGUUUGUCCAGUAAGUGAUUUCAGAAGAUUGGCUUUUUAUUCCUUCUCUUCCCUCACAACAUUCCAUUUUUCAAAGGGAGAGGAACCCUUUAGAGCCAGCUGGAAUGUGCCUCAUUUUCCUCAAGGGUGUGUGUGUGGGGGGGGGGGGGGAGCCCUCUGCAAGGUGAGAUUUCCCCUCUGCCUGCUGAAAGAAGUGUGUUCAUGGAUUUUGUAACAGAGGCAAGCCAGGCUCCAUUCCUCUCUUGGUGGUGCUUGUUUUGGGGGGGGGGGGAAACCCCACGUUGUAAAAUAUGGCAUUAAAUAAAGUCAAUUCAACAAA